CAUCAAAAACAACUUGCAAAAACAACAACAAGUUUCAAAAUGAGUCAUUCGAACAUUUCUUUUGUUCAACUUUGUGAAGAUGUUGUUGUCAAUAAAACAGAAAUUUUAUUUGGUUGUUCUGAUGAUCCAGUCAAAGUUGGUGUUGAAAGUCGUGAAUUGAUAUGUGUUGGCAACUCGUCAAAGCAACAUUUGAAAAUCCAAUUUUCGACUAUAAUUAAUACUGCAAAAUACACAAUCAAAACAGAACCCAAAGUUGUAUCUUUAUCACAAGGAAUGGCAGUCGAAUUUGAAAUAUUUGUUGAACCAAAAUGUUCAUGUAAAAUUGAUGAUAAAAUUGUGCUUUUCUCAAAAGGAUUAAAAGAUGGAAUUACAAACAACAACCAAUUAACUUUGAGUAUUUUUACUGAGAUGUCAACACGUCUUGACCCAGAUGAGUUAAUUGAAGAGAAGAAACUGGGCGAGGGGUCUUUUGGUAUUGUCUACAAAGGAUCUUUUAGAGGAAAUUGUGUGGCUAUUAAGAAGAUGAAGGAAUUAAAAAAAGAUGUUGAUGAAAUAAUUGACUUUACCAAAGAAGUUGAAAUGCUUGACAAAUUUCGAAGUGAAUAUAUCGUCCAUUUUUAUGGAGCUGUAUUUAUACCAAAUAAAGUGUGUAUGGUCACUGAGUUCGCACAAUAUGGAAGUUUACAAGAUUUGAUGAAACACAAAACAUAUGACGAAGUUGACAUGAAACUUCGACUUAAAAUGAUGUUGGACGCAUCAAGAGGUAUUUUGUAUCUACAUGAAAAUGGAAUAUUACAUCGAGACAUCAAACCAGACAAUUUACUUGUGUUUUCAUUAAAUUUAAAUGAUAAGGUGAAUGCCAAAUUGACCGACUUUGGAUCGUCGAGAAACAUUAAUAUGUUGAUGACUAACAUGACAUUCACAAAGGGUAUUGGUACACCAACUUACAUGGCGCCUGAGGUGUUAAACAAAGAAAAGUACACAAAAUAUGCAGACGUCUUUUCGUUUGGCAUUACAAUGUAUGAAGUGUUCGGGUGGUGUGAAGCGUAUCCAUUUACCACAUUCAAAUUUCCAUGGAAAAUAGCCGAGUUUGUGACCGCUGGAAAACGACUUGAAAGAAGAGAAAACAUUCCAAAAACAUUAUAUCAACUAAUACAAAUGUGUUGGAAACAAAACCCAAAAGAAAGAGAAACAAUUAAUAAUAUCGUUGAAUGUAUUCAAAAAAGUUAUAAUGCGGUAUAA